GGCGCGACCGCUUACUGAAGCUGCUGCAGCAGCAUAGAGCAGAGAACCAUGAGUGUCCGGGGGAAAGCUGCUGGCUGUACAUGCUAUGCCACAGCCGCUCCCUCCGUCCUCACACACACUGCCGUCCAUCUGCUCCUGCUUCCUAGUCCCAGCCUCUGUGUUUACAUGUACACAUUACACACCGUAAACCAUUUCUGUAUAUGAGAACUAGAUCAUUUCUUUUUCCCUAUUUAACAAGACUGGGACAUCAGCAGACAAGGAAUGUUUUAUUUUCUGCAUGGCUUUUUCUCACUGAUAACAUAUUCAGAAGCGCAUCAAAGAACAUUCGCUCUCCUUACAUUUUUUGCUGCUGUGUGAAGACUUUAAAAAAAAUUAUUUUGAUUGAGGAAAUCUGUAACCAAAUAAUGCAACUGUUUAUACAGAAGGUGAUGAGACUUGCUCCUGAUGUAUGAUGCAACAAAAGAUAGCAUAGUCUACAAAGGGCUGGAGAGCAUAUUGCUGGCUACACAGAUAAACAAGCCCUCUACUUUUUCUGGAGCAUGCCACGUGGACCACCACGGAUCCUAGUAUAAUAUGUACUAUGAGAGAAAUUCUCAAUUCAACUCUAUGAGAAUAACUGUAAGAUGAAAGUGAUUUAACAAUAGAAUAUAUCAGACAACUUACUCCAUUGGAAGGCAUCAAAUACCGAACGAUUUUAUUUAACUGGAUUCUUCGAUGGUUGUCACUAUUCACUCCUAAACAAAGCCCUCUACUUUUUCCGGAACAUGCCACGUGGACCACCACGGAUCCUAGUAUAAUAUGUACUAUGAGAGAAAUUCUCAAUUCAACUCUAUGAGAAUAACUGUAAGAUGAAAGUGAUUUAACAAUAGAAUAUAUCAGACAACUUACUCCAUUGGAAGGCAUCAAAUACCGAACGAUUUUAUUUAACUGGAUUCUUCGAUGGUUGUCGCUAUUCACUCCUAAACAAAGAAAAUAGUUUCAACCAGCAAUGCUAUAUAAUGUGAGAAGAAGCAAGUGGAUACUUUUAUGAAAUGUUGUGCUCCACCAUGAGAGCUACAAGAUCCCCCCAGCCACAUGGAAUCAUUGGUUGGCCAACAACUGAAGUCAAGCUUGCAACAGGGUCACUUUUUCAGAAACUGAACAAUGAUGGUGAGAAAGAAUGCACUAGAAGAUCAGCUACCUUAUCAUCUAAACAAUAUUAUUUGGUUCCCAUUGGCAAAUCAAGAUAAACAGUUCAAGAAAGAGGAAAACAUAUUGGUAGCACACGUGAUAGUGCUCACAAUGACUGUUCUUUGUAUGUGCAAUCAAUAGUAAGAGUACGCAUCUUGUAGCAUUGUGUCUUCCACUCUCCUGUGUCCCCUUGUUUCUACUCUGUGUCUCAUUGUGUGAAAUGUUUAAAUUAUUGAUAUGAUUUUUACUUCUUGAGUAAAGCAUGGAAGAAAAUAACAUGACAAUGCCACCCUCUGUAACAGAGACACUCUAUUGGAAUAACCAUACCAUGCUGUUUAAACCAGUGUACAAUAUUGUAAUCUCACCGAUAACUAUGAUAUUGUCAAUCUUCGGUAUGACUGGAAAUAGUCUUGUUGUAUGGUAUCUAUCAUUUAAAAUUAAGAGGACUACUUCCACCAUCUAUAUUUUUAAUCUUGCUGUAGCUGAUAAUGGGUUUCUGCUCUUUGUGUUUGUUUUGCAUAUUCUUUCUAUGGUUUUUGUAAUGAUACCACACUUGGAAUCCCAGUAUGAAGAUGAGCAUGUUAUUAAUGUCAUAGGUGCUCUUACCCUAGCCUGCCUGUUUGGCUACAAUACUAGCCUAUGUCUACUUACAGCUAUCAGUAUAGAAAGAUGUCUGUCCGUCCUUUUUCCUAUAUGGUAUCACUGCAACAGACCCAGACACCUGUCUUCUAUUGUAUGCACUCUAAUAUGGAUCAUUUCUUGCACACUUAGUGCUCUUGAGAUGUCUUUCUGUUACAGUGUAAUCUAUAAUAGCAAAGGCCUAAUUGAGGAAUCCGGUAAUGAAUGUAAAGUCGUUUUUAUCUUAAUAUGUUGUUUUAGUUUCCUGAUUUUCAUUCCGUGUAUGAUUAUGUCAAGUCUGGUUCUGCUCAUCAAGCUGCAAACAAGUUCUCACCAACGACAGCCUAAGAAGCUUUAUAUAGUAAUCACAGUGACAGUCCUUUUCUUUCUAGUGUUUGGAAUGCCCAUGAGAUUUUUAUUGUUGGUAUGGUACAAACGCCACAUUAUGCCACCCUUUCCCCUCAUGGAUAUAUUUUCUCUAUUUUGCUCCUUUAACAGUAGCAUAAAUCCAUUUAUCUAUUUCCUUGUUGGUCGCCAAGGUAGCCGCAGUGGGAAAAUCACACUUCUGGCUAUUUUUCAAGCUGUUUUUCGAGAUGAAGGAAACUACAUGAAGAGAGAGCAAAAAAGAUCAGUGCAAGCAGAUGAAACAACAAUGUGAAAAUGUGACGUAGAUUGUACUGUAUGUGUAUAUGUGUCACCUAAAUUGUUAAGCAGUAUAUAACUACUGUAUAUGUUACCAGGCUUUUAUAUAACCAUACAUUUUUGUUUGCCUGUUACUAAAAGAACACUAUCAUAAUAUAUGAAAAAUAUAAUAUAUCAAAAAUAUUU